AUUGCAUUGAAUUUUUAUGAAUUCUAGGCAGCAUGGUGUAAUAGAAAGUUUUAAAACAUUAUGAUAACUAUUUAUGAUGGAGAUUUUUCCUCUGCCCCUAAUAAUCAAAACUUAUCAGUCCUAACUCUUGUCUCAUUAGGACAUAGCUCUGUCCAAAAGCAAAUCUGAAACUUGAUAAAUUAAUGAGAAAUAUUAUUGGUUGGUAAUGGAAAAAGUUAUUUUUCUUAGAUCACAUUGGCCUUUUAAUAAAGGUCAUCAAUAUCUUUACCCAGUGAAGCAAUUAAUUACUCUAUCAGUUAAUAGAUAAUGAUAGAGCAAAUAUAAUGUGCUUGCUCCAGCCACUCACACUAGAAUUGGGAGAUGGGGACCUGCUAUUCCCUUAGCUGGUCUCAGUUCCUGUGCACGUCUAACAGCGCGAACCUUUCUCUAUGCUGAUAGUUUUCCUGGUGUUCAAAGAAAAGGAAUUUUUCAUGUAAUAUAACCCCUAAAGGCAAGCCAGCUACUUUUUCUGGGGAAAAAUAGAAAGAAAAAAAACAACAACAACCAUCACUUGCCAUACUGGAGAAAAUUUGUACUCUAUGCAAGUUUUACCUAAGAGUCAAUUUUAGACCUGAAGAUAUAACUCCAGAGCAAUUGACAAGGAAAAGUAUCCUUAAGAAUGUCGUGGGUUGAGAUUAACAGAAAACUGAAUUUAAACGAGUUUAAAACAAUAAAGGGGAAUGUAUUGGUUUAUCUGACUAAUAAGUCCAGAUAUAAGAUGGACUUCAGGCAAGUUCUAACCUAGUGGCUUAAUGAUGUCUUUUCUUACUGUCUGUCCAAUCUGCCUUACACCAUGUCAGCUUCAUCCUAAAGAUGGCUUCCCUCUACAAGAUGGCUACUAGAACCAACCAAGACUAAGAGCUUCUUAUUACAUAUCCACUGAGAGAGAAAGAGCUUCCCUAAACAACCAGAAGAAGGCCUGGGCUUCCUCUGGUCAGAUCAUCUUAAGUCACAUGCCCAUGUCUAAACCAAUACGAGGCGAAUGGAAUGGGGUUUCACUGUCUGUUAUGAAUAAAACAAGGCCUUCCCUGGAUAUUGGCCAAGUUACUACUCUAAUCAUUGUGCUAGGCUCUAGGCCAUAGAAAUGAGAAAAACAUGACCUCACCUUUUGUUAUCAAGUAGGAGAGACAAACACAUAAACAAUGUGAUAAGAGCUUUGACAGGAGACAGUAAAAGUUCUGAGAAGCAGAGAAUGGCGCAAAUAACUAGCCCUUUCUGAUACAGAUUUGUCUCUUUUAGCUAUUGCUGAUAGGGGCUAGGAACUUCAGAGAUCAAAUUGCACAAGCUAGGAACCUGAGGCCUGAAGAGAUGUGCUGGGUGUUAGGGCUUGAGGAGAUGUGUUGACCCACCACACAAUAAAGAUGUGAGCCUCCUAAGAAACUUCUUUAUUGCCUCUUUCUGUUUUACGUAUUGGAAUUUUGGUUUACUUGAAGAGUUUCCCUGCUAAAUGAAUGCAAACCACUGACCUAGCCCACUCCCCUAGUUUUAAUGGGAAGGAAAUUAGAGUUCAUAAAAAAAUAAUGGAUUUAUCCAAAGUCAUGCAUCAUACUAAUGCUUAAGCCAAGACAAAAACUCAAAGGUCCUGACUCCCAGCCCAGUGCUAAUUUCAUUGACUCAUUACCAGGCUUUGAGAAAGAAAAUUGGUGGCCAGUUCAUGAUAAACAAAUGCCCAGUGAUGAAAGGAUCUAAAGAUAUUAGAAGAACUGGCAUUAGGGCUGAGACAGGUAGAGGAUGGACUUCAAGAUGUUUAUAAUGAGGGUGAGGGCCGACUGUUUGGAUCCCCUCCUCUUGGAAUAUAACAGACAUGCAGAAAAUUUUACUCCCACCAAGCUGAGGACUGGGAGGAAUAGGCUAGAUAUUGGCCAGGUACUCUAAGGGGAGCCCAGGAGUGGCAGGACCAGCAUGAGCAGACUGUUUAAUUCUCUUCUUGCCCACAGCAUCUUAUGGCAGGGUAGACAGAACCUUGGAAAAGCAGCCUCAAUUUCUUCCCAGAUCACAGAGAACAUGCACAGGGAAGAUCCAAAGUGGGAAUCCUACACUCACAGAAGAUAUAGAUGUUGCUGAAGCCCUGAUUGAGCCAAACUCUGACAUUCGAGGGAAGAAAUCUACUCUGGGAUCUAUCCGCUUCACCAAAAUCCAGCUAGCAAUAGAUCAAUAAAUCAACAAAUCCAGUUAGCCUAUGUCGAUAGGUCAAUUCUCCUGACACAAACUAUACCUUCAUUCAUUCCCUCUAGGUAUGGGAAUAUAGUGUAUGUGAUGACAUACACAUUUGUCUAAAAGAACCAUUUAUCUCUGUAUCUUUCUUACUGAGUCUUAACUUAUGAGCAUUAUUCUCUGCACCUUAGUAAAACCUCUGCCAUUGUGAGGCAGUCCUAGGGAAAUUUCAACAACUCUGUCCACACCUAGGGCCUCCUGGGGCCACUGACUUUAAAAAAAAAAAAAAAAAAGCACUCCACUCUUUGGAUGGCAGAGACCAAUUGCAAUGCAUUCCUUUUCUCUUUGCUUUAUUCUCCCUCCCUUCCUUGUCUGGCUUUCUCUUCCCAUUUCUCCUUUUCUCUCUCCUUCCUUCAUCAGUUCCCCUUCCCUGUCCCAAGCCUUGCUGGUCCUCCAGCUCCACUGGGACACUUGUAUUAUGGAGUAAGAGCACAAUCCCAGAGAAACAAAGAAAGCAAGAGGGCACAUUUUCUUGCCGCCGCAACCUCUACUGCCUUCCCUUUCCCAUUCAGUCUUCCCAAGAUGGAUGUUACUCGCCUGUUCCUGGCUACCCUGCUGGUCUGCCUGUGUUUCCUCACUGCCUACAGCCACCUGGCACCUGAGGAAAAGCCCAGAAAUGACAGGAGUCUGGGGAACAAUUCCUCCAUGAAGCUGUUGGAUUCCCCUUCUGUCUCUAUCGUGGCGUUAAACAAGAAAUCCAAAACGAUCAGCAGAAAAGAGGCGGAAAAGAAGAGAUCUUCCAAGAGAAAGCCUUCGAUGAAGGUGGAGCGGCACCGGCCCCCACUGCCCGCCCCCUGCGUGGCCAUCCGUAACAGCUGCAAGUCGCCAGCGCCCGCCUGCUGUGACCCGUGCGCCUUCUGCAGCUGCCGCUUCUUCCGCAGCGUCUGCUAACUGCCUCGUGCUCAACCCCAACUGCUGAGCCUGCUUGCCUUUCCGCCGCCUGCGGGGCAAGACGGGGCUCCCCAGGGACCCUGGGAGCCCUUCUAGAGCGGUAAUUUGUAGUAGGUGUGGCUUUUCCAGACUGGGCAAGGGCAUGGCGAUUGAGGCUGGGGCAUAGCUUUCAGGACUUCAAGGAGACUUGGCUUGGGCUCAAAUCCAAAUAGCAUCUGUAAGCUGCUUGACCGUGUGCGGCUGUUUUUUUAAAGGACCCAAAAGAUCCUUUUUCCUUCCCAAGUCCACUUGACUGUGGAAGUCCCGCAUACUGCGCACGCGCUAUCUCCGGGGCUGGGGAAACCAGGUUACUCCCGCCCUAAGGCAGCACUCCUGAUAAGCGUUUCUCUGGACCCACAGCUGGAGACAAUGCUGCCCUCUACCUUCAAACCUGGGAACACCCGAAGAUGCCUCCAAAUCCCAGAAAUGCAGACUAGCCAGACAGAAAGGAAACAUUAAGAAACUGCCAUUCAGUCUUUCACCUUUUCCCCCUUCUAAGGAGCUCCUCUCACCUCCAGGGAAAAAAAUGAAUGACUACAACUCCAUACACGAUGUCGCUGGGCUGUCUGUCCUGGGGGGAUUUGCAGAUGAAAACGGGUGGCUGAGGUGGCUGGUUGUGACUGGGCAAUGCCAUGGGUCCCGACAGCCAGAAGGCUCUGGCCUGAGGUUCCUAUAGCUUUAGGCGGCUCCCAAACAAUGGUCCCACUUGUACCCACUCCUCCCUUUCUCCCGGGGAUUCCCAGAGGGGCUGGAGUUUCUCCCACUCCUAAGCUAAAUGAACACUGAUCACUGGUCCCCAGGUAUUCUAACAUGACAGCCUAGAGUAAGAAGGAAUUCAGAAAUCCUUUCUCACUCCCCACCCCAGCUCUGCCAGACAGUAACCAGGCAUUGGGCCUGGGGCUUGCUGAUCUGAAAACAAAAGGAAACCUCGCUCAAAUGGAGUCAGGAAGCCAGAAGGGAGAGCUUUCACACAGUACCACUCCAUGUCAAUUACAGACCCUAAGGGAUGAAUCCUCAAGAGGAAAGAAUCAAUUAUAGGCCCCAACAGGAAAAGAUAUACAUCUCCCACAAGAAAUCAACUACUCCAGCAAUUCAGCCAAUGAGAAACCAUCAUCUUUCCAAUGGACUUUCGUUCAAUACCCCUCCCAACUUCUUUCUCCAUAAAGUUCCUCUCCUUUGUCAGACUUGCCUAUGGUUUGCGUUAUAGCUUGCUUGUCCUGAAUUGCAAUCAUUUGCUGUUUCUGAAUAAAUUCCUUUUUGCUGGUAAAAUAACUGACUUUUAUCUUUAAGGUCAACAAUAAGCAGAAGUAACAUUUGUCCUGAACUAUUAGGGCCUGUCUCCUAAAAUAUCCCAAGCCGCUGCCUGAAAUUCCAUUCUUAGAAAUUCUCUGAGUCUGUGAGAAACCGAGUGCAGUGUUAUAUCUUUGGAAGGGGGAACAUUUGCGAUACAGCUUUGAGGGGAAAGGGGAUAGUGUGGGCAGGGUCUGUGAGGAAGGACCAGCCAGGGUCAGGGGUAACAUAGAAACUCCCAGCACCUUGAGGGGCAAGGGCUGCAAAUGACAUCAUCAACUUGCACCGCUUGGCUGGAGGUAUCCCUGCCAGUAGGAAGAAAAGCUGAGCUGCCACCCCCUCAGUACCCACCAGAAGCUGGAGCUCUUCCUCAAGGAAUCACUAUAAGCAAGAAACAGGAAAUUGCAAACAAUGGUGGUAUAAGAUAGAUGAUUUUUUAAAACCCGUACACAAGAAAAAUUCUAGAGGUUAUGAAACAGAAAAAUUUGGAGUAGUUGCCUCAGCCCUGAUAACUACCAUGUAUCUGUCUUUGGAGGUAAGGACAGUGGGGCUCAUAGGCCAGCACAGGUGAGGCCACCUCCCCUGGCUCACUUGUCCACUUGCAGUCUUCCAUCUUUCAAAUUCCAUCACACUCCUUCCUUUCCAAGUACCCUUUGCCCAGCUGGAGAUCCAGGUUGUGCCUGCAGUGUCAUAACCAGUAUACAGUGGAGGAGGCAAAACCCAGAUCCUGAACUUGAUAGAGCAGAAACCAUCUGGAUAGAGCACAAGAAAAUGAAGGGUGCUCCAGGCUAGGCUGGCAACAUAAUUCUGCACACUAGGUCUCUUGCGUUCUCUGGGCUUCCUUUUAUUUGUCUAUAAAAUGGGAAACUCCUGCUGUUCUUGUUAUAAACCUAAGAUAGUGAUGCUUCUUGUUCCUUAAAACCACAAAUAGAGAGAAAGCCGCUAGUUGCUUGUUUACCGUCAUUAAGGCUGCAAGCCCACAGGACAAGAACUUUUUGUUCCUUGUAUCACAACUGCUGAGUAAACAUCAUUAGUGAGAAUAUUGGGACAUACUGCAGCCAUUGCUCCUGUUUUCCAAACAUUGUUCACCAACCAGGCACCAUUUGGCUCCAGGAUUGAGGCCAGGGAUGCAAAACCAAAGACCCAGCCCACUAAUGACAAAACCACUUGGCUGCUGGGUCCAGACAACUGCAUGGAAGAUCAGCCUGUUCAUUCAUUCAACAAAUGUGUCUUGAGCACCUACUGUGCCAGGCAUUGUGCCAGUUGCUGAGUACUAUGGUGAACAAGUCCAAUAUGGAUUCUUUCCUUACAGAACUUAUGGUCCAGUGAGCCAUGACCACCGGCCCUUGUUAGGGACUAGAACCAUUGUUAGUAAUGAUUCCUUUUCCUGGAAAAAAAUCCAGCCAUGGCCAGGCUAGACAGUACAGCGGGGGUCUCAGCCUCCAAGUUGCGGACUGGUACCUGUUAGUGGCCUGUUAGGAACUGGGCUGCACAACAGGAGGUGUGCGGCGCACAAGUGAGCAAAGCUUCAUCUGUAUUUGCAGCUGCUCCCCAGCACUAGCAUCACUAACUCAGCUCCACCUCAGAUCAUCAGGCAUUACAUUCGCAUAGGAGCACCAGCCCCUGGUGCCAAAAAAGUUGGGAACUGCUGCAGUACAAGAUCCUUGGCCAAUUCCUCCUUUCCCCACGAAGCUUUGAUGGCAGAGCCCAGACAUCCGGAGUUGGGGUUGGAGGCUUAGCAGACACGUCAUCUUUCAUUGUGGGUGCCUGGUCAGUGUCACACAUGUGAC